AGGAAGAAAAAAUGCGGAACGAUUUGCAGUUGCUCUUGAUUUUUAUCAUUUGUGCUGCUCCUAUGGUUGCCAGCUGGUCUCCUAAUGGCGGACACAGAAGGAACAAAGAGAACUUUUCCCCUCGACAGUCAACGGGCUACAAAUCCUGGAAUUCUGAUCUUUAUCCCAUUUGGAAGAAUGGGGACUCUAGAUGGCAUGACUGUUGGAAAGGUGGACCAAUUUCACUUGAAGUUAACAACGAUGCCCCCACUUUAACUGGUGCUAAAGCCACAUUCUACAUUAACUUGAAAUUCCCUCAGAAUCAGACCAUCCAGGCUGAUGGUGAGAUUAUUUGGACGGAAAACUGUACUUUAAAUGGUACACAAAUAACUGCUGGUGAGUCAGUGUAUCCUAAUAAUACAUGGCAGAAUGGUGACAAGAUGUUUCCAGAUGGAAGGCCCUUUCCAAGAAUCACAAAGAAGAAAGGAUCCAAAUUUAUCUUUGUAUGGCAAACUCUAGGGAAGUAUCAGCAGGUUGUGGAUGGGCCAUCAUCGCUGGUGGUUGUUGACACAACAGAUGUCCCAUUAGGUUCCUACACCAUGGAGGUAACUGUGUAUCAUUAUCGUGGACGCCAGAAAUUCAUUCCAAUUGGAAAAGCUAAUUCACAGUUUACAAUCAUUGAUCAGAUUCCAUUCUCUGUUGAGAUUUCCCAGAUUAGUGAUCUCAAUGAUGCUGACAACAGUUUCAUACAGAACCGGGCUAUUCUGUUUGGAAUUAAACUCCAUGACCCGAGCCGAUAUUUAAAAGAUGCUGAUAUCAGCUUCUCUUGGGAUUUUGGAGAUGGAAGUGGUACCCUAAUCUCCCGGGUCCCUACAGUGACGCACACGUACCUUUCAACAGGAGCAUUCAAGCCACAAGUAUUCCUACAGGCUGCUAUCCCAUCAACUGUGUGUAGCACAGCCAACCCGACUAUUGAGAAUUCAACUCCAAUGAUCUCAACUAUAACUUCUGACCCCUCAUCACCUCUGUCUCUCAUAGGAUCCUCUGUUGUGACCUCUGAUCUGAUUGUAUCCCCAGUAACUAGUGAGCCUACUACACAGGAGGUUGCUACAGGAAAUACAGCUCCUCCUCAGCCACCAACAGUUGAACCUGUUGCUGUAUCAACUCUACUGCCUGAUUCCCCAGUACCGCCGUCUGAGCAGCAGACAAUCAUAAUAUUCCCCAGUUCUCCAGGAGACCCUAUUCCAGUUCCUUCAUCUACCAUCAGUCCUGUAACCCUUGACUCUGAUGAUGCAAUAAAUGCAGCAAUCACUGUCUCAGAACAAGCUAUAAAUGCAGCAACCCCUGUCUCUGAUGAAGCUAUAAAUGCGGCAACCCCUGUCUCUGAUGAAGCUAUAAAUGCGGCAACCCCUGUCUCUGAUGAUGCAAGCAAUGCAGCAACCCCUGUCUCUGAUGAUGCAAGCAAUGCAGCAACCCCUGUCUCUGAUGAUGCAAUAAAUGCAGCAACCCCUGUCUCUGAUGAUGCAAUUAACGCAGCAAUCGCUAUCUCAGAACAAGCUAUAAAUGCGACAACCCCUGUCUCUGAUGAAGCUAUAAAUGCGGCAACCCUCAUCUCCGAUGAUGCAAUAAAUGCAGCAGCCCCUGUCUCUGAUGACGCAAUAAAUGCAGCAAACGCUGUCUCAGAACAAGCUAUAAAUGCGGCAACCCCUGUCUCUGAUGAAGCUACAAACUCAACAACCCCUCCCUCUGAUGAAGACGUAAAUGCAGCAAUCACUGUUUCAGACCAAUCAACCACUCUAUCUGCCACAAUGCUGAUUCCAGAGAGUGAGACAACUACAAUGGACACAAAUGAAGGACUGAUGGUGGUGAAACGACAGGUUAUUGAGGAUCCAGCAGAUAACUGCCUUAUCUACCGCUAUGGCACCUUCAGUACCACUGUCAAUAUUGUCCAGGGCAUUGAAAGUGUGGAAAUUGUGCAAAUAUCAAACGUGGUGCCAGGAUCAGUGGCAGAGAUGCAGCAAAAUGCUGUGGAUUUCACAGUGACAUGUCAGGGAAGCUUCCCAAGUGAGAUCUGCACUGUUGUCUUGGAUGCAGACUGCAUAAAUCCUCAGCAAACUGAUUGUAGUGAAGUGCUGCCUGCUGAUGAAUGUCAGCUUAUCCUUCGCCAAUUUUUCAACUCCUCUGGAACUUAUUGCGUAAAUGUCUCGAUGACAAAUGCAGUCAGCUUGGCUGUUGCUAGUGCCCGUGUUGAUGUGAACCCAAUUGCAGGUGGGACACCUAAUACAACUGAAGCCUUGGUAAUUGUUGGGAUGUUGCUCAUUGCAAGUACCAUUGGAGUUGUAGCCAUUACCUACAGGAAGUAUAAGGAAUAUGCUCCCUUGCAGCAAAACCCUUCGAGGAUUCACUCUGAGUGGAUCCCGGACAGGGCUGCCGUGAACAUUUUCCUAAGAAAUAUGUUCAGUCGUCAACGGAGUAAAGUCAGUGAGAACAGCCCUUUGUUACAUGGGUGUGUUGUCUGAGACACUGAACAUGGAUUAUGAAAGUGGAUUCAUGUUACUAAUAAAA